AGUGCUGCAUGUCCACAGAUAAAACCAGAAUUUCUAUUCCUGAAGUAAAUGUCACCCAGUUUUUACAUUUCAGCAGUUUUGAGUGGAGUAUGAUUGUAUGUUUUUCCUGGCACCUCGUCCCUCCUUCCAGCUUUCUUACCACUCAUCCAGCAGCAGUAGCAGCAGAAAAUGGGGUCAGAUCCACCAAUGGAUGGCUGACACCGAAAAAGCCAGAUCCACUAGUAGUAGUAGAGCCAGCAGUCGUCAUCGCCGGGGGCUCGAUGAUGACGUCAUGUCAGUCCGCAGCUACAGGUCAACCUCAUCAGCAUUACGUGACUUGAGCUCCAGUAAAAGCCGUUCCAGUUCCCGUAAAAAGGAUAUACUGUCUGACGGCCUCUCCACUAGCUCCGCCCUCAAGAGCUCCCGCUCCACUAGCUCUGUGUACAAUGAUCUGCAUGGCUACAAAAAGGCUUCGUCCAGCUCCUCCAGGAAAGACCUGCUGACUGGACUGUACCAUGAUCAGAGGAACUACACCAGCCUAACGAAGACCAAACCUGCUCCUCCCUCCACCUCCUCUUAUCAGCCACGGGCCACUACUUCCUCCUCUGCCUCCACCACUGGCUCAGGGCUGUCUCGCAGCUACAGUGUGGCCUCUAUUUGCGACGACACCGGCCUUUACGGCUCAGGCUACAGUUCAAGAGCUCCCUCUGAAUACAGCUGGUACUCCUCCGGGGCCAGCUCCACUCGCAGCAGCCCUGUGUCUUCCUCAGAUGAUGACACUGUAAGCAGCGGGUCCCAGGAACGCUGUGGCCGAAGCCGCAGAAACAGUGCGUGUUCUGACUUCUCGGACAUUAGUGAAUCAGCUGCUGAUUAUUUCAGCCGCUCCAACCGGAGGGGCAGUAUUGUGUCUGACCUUGAUGAUUUGGGCAUUCCAGACCUGGACACUGUAAGUGCCUUUACGAGGUUCACAUGAAUGGGUUUGGAAAUGGAGUGCAACACCAGUGAUGGCUAAGCUGUUAUACUGAUUUUUAAUGAUGCAUGAAUGAAAAUAACAUUUGGUGCCAACUUACAGCCUGUGUGUUUUCUUUUAUUGACAAGUAGAUGUGACCAUAGCUGAGGUGAAUAUGACUGGAUGAUGUGAAGCUGCAUGGGCCUGAAGGUGGGAUCUGUAAUGAAUAAAGUGGUGUGAUUCACUCACUCUUUCAUUAGUGCAGUCUGUGAACAUGCAGCACUUCUCGCCCAACUCAUAUUUUAACUUGUAACUAACUCUUCCACUUGAAGGAAAAGAAACGGUAACAAGCAUGAACACACAGGCAGCAUGUUCCUCAAAAGACCCUGCUGCUUAUUUUAUUAUUUUCAUUCUUUG